UCUCAUUUGGAAGUAGCACGUACGGCUGAGUGUAACCCUUUCAGCUAAAUUUGUACGAAACUCCAUGUUACAUGGAAAAAGCGAAUGGAUCUGAAACCUCGACGAUGUUCCAAGUAAACCGUCGGGCAUUCCAGCCACCGAAUGGAAGUCCGAUUACUGGAGAAACUGAGAGCCGGCUCGAAUCUCCAGGACAUUUCGAGAUAUAUCGAAGGGCAGAAAUCACUACUUCUAGCUCAAAAGUUUCUCUUGAUGAUAAACAGCAGCAAAUAGGCCAAAAGUUAUUUGUUUCAUCAAAGGAAAUCGGUAAAAGUGGCACUGGUACCGUUGUGUACGAGGGGAUUUAUGAUAAUAUAGCAGUCGCUGUGAAACGCAUUCUACAAAGUCAUGAUGAUCAGGCUGACCGAGAAAUCAAGAUUUUCAUAGCAGUUUCUAAAGAAAGCAAAAAUGUUAUAAGAUACUAUGGGGCGGAACGUGACAAAGACUUUAUUUAUCUUGUUUUGGAGCGUUGUGAUUGCAAUUUGGAUGACCUCAUCCAAAUAUAUUCUACGGAUUCCUCUCAAAAUAAGCCUGAAUCAAAAGAGUACUUGGUGGAACUGCAGAAUAUUUUAGGAGGUGUGAAGCUGUGGGAAGAAAAUAAUGUUCGUCCAUCACAUUUAUUACUGAAAUUGAUGAGGGACAUGGUUUCCGGGCUUGUUGUUCUGCAUGAGUCUGGCAUAGUUCACCGAGACUUAAAGCCACAAAACAUUUUAAUAGUAAAGCCACAAAACAUUUUAAUAGUUGAGGAAAACCCAACUUUAUGUGCAAAGCUUGCUGAUAUGGGUAACAGCAGACAACUUCGUGAUGAUAAGUCUUCCUUUACUAACAUUUCACGUAGUGGCACUAUGGGCUGGAAAGCGAGAGAAUGCCUUCUUGCAGAAGAACGGUGGCGCCCAACUGCAACUCUUGCUGAUCAACUCUCAAACACUGAAGUUCAACGCCUAACACGUUCAAUGGAUAUGUUUAGUUUAGGUUGCCUCCUCUUUUAUUGCAUCACUGGUGGUAUCCAUCCAUUUGGAGACCAUGAUGAACGUAAUAUGAAUAUUAGAACGGAAAAUGUGAAGAACAUGGCUAUGAUACAGAAAUUUCCUGAAGCUUUUCAUCUUAUUUCUCCUCUACUAGAAGCUGAUUAUAAUAAUAGGCCAAAAGCAAAUGAGGUGUUGCGCCAUCCACUGUUCUGGGAUGCGAAGAAGAGACUUUCUUUCCUCAGCGACAUUAGUGACAGAUUAAGCAAGAACUCUAAUAUUUCCAAUGUGCUUGAAUCUACUGCAAACACAAUUUUUGAAACUGAAACGAUGUGUUGUUUUUUAAAUGUGGUUCUGAGAUGGAACAAAAAGGUGCAUGCCGAGAUAAUCAAACAUGUUAGCACGAAUGCAAAAAGUACUUACAACUUUAGCAGCGUUGGAGACUUGUUGCGAUUGAUUGGAGAAAUUUUGAAGAAUUAUCAACAACUCCCAGACACUAUUCAGAUACUUGUUGGACCGCAAUAUGAAGGACUCAAUGACUAUUUUACAAGGCGAUUCCCAAUGCUCUUGAUUGAAGUGUACAAAGUUGUGUAUACACACUGUAAAGAAGAAGAGUACUUCAAUAAAUAUUUCAAGGAGAUUUAA